AUUGCGAACACUGAAAGGACCUCUCUGAUGAAUCACUGACAGACAGCAUAGAAAGCUACAAGACUGCAAUACGGCAGACGAAGGAAGAUUGAACGUACGGAUGCUGGAAUCUUUGAGUUGAUUGGAACAAAUAGAAAGCAGAAAAAAAGACAGAUAAAGGAAGAGCAGAAGAGUGAAUAAGAGAAAGAAGAAGAAAGAGGAGAGAGAAGAAAGCAUAAAGUUCUUUAGAAAGAGGAGAGAAAGAAAGAGACGGGGACGAUGGGGAGGAAAAAGAUUCAGAUCACGCGGAUUAUGGAUGAACGCAACAGACAGGUGACAUUUACAAAGCGAAAGUUUGGCCUGAUGAAGAAGGCGUAUGAGCUGAGUGUGCUGUGUGACUGUGAGAUUGCCCUGAUUAUCUUCAAUAGCACCAACAAGCUGUUCCAGUAUGCCAGCACAGACAUGGACAAGGUCCUGCUUAAAUACACUGAGUACAACGAGCCCCACGAGAGCAGGACCAACUCAGAUAUCGUGGAGACAUUGAGAAAGAAGGGCCUAAAUGGCUGUGACAGCCCAGACCCCGACGCAGAUGACUCGGCAUUGAGCAAGAAGGAGAACAAAGGCGGCGAGAGCCCGGAGCUCGAGUCUGCUCUCAUCCUCACCCCACGCACUGAGGAGAAAUACAAACAGAUUAACGAAGAAUUUGAUCACAUGAUUAAAAGUCAUAAGAUACCUGCCAUGCCCCCAUCGAACUACGAUAUGCCCGUGUCCAUUCCCGUUAGCAACCAGAACAAUCUCAUUUACAGCCAUCCUGGUGGUUCCCUAGGAAACCACAACCUGUUGCCACUGGCGCACCAUGGUCUACAGAGAAACAGCAUGUCUCCCGGAGUGACACACAGACCCCCCAGUGCAGGUGGCCUCAUGGGUGCUGACCUCACCACUGGCGCAGGCACCAGUGCUGGAAAUGGAUAUGGGAACCACCGCAACUCGCCUGGUCUGCUGGUCUCUCCGGGUGGUAUGAACAAGAACAUGCAGGCAAAGUCUCCCCCACCCAUGAACUUAGGCAUGAACAAUCGCAAACCUGACCUACGUGUGCUCAUCCCCCCUGGCGCCAAGAACAACAUGCCCUCUAUUAACCAGAGAAUAAACAACUCCCAGUCUGCUCAGUCAUUGGCCACCCCAGUGGUAUCAGUAGCAACUCCCACUCUACCAGGACAAGGCAUGGGUGGUUACCCAUCUGCCAUCUCUACUUCUUAUGGUACCGAGUAUUCCCUGAAUAGCGCAGAUCUGUCCUCUCUGUCUGGCUUCAAUAGCGGCAGCUCCCUUCACCUCGGCUCAAUGAGCGGGUGGCAACAGCAACACCUUCAGAACAUGCAGCAUUCAGCCCUCGGCCAGCUAGGAAAUUGCUCUAGCUCUCACUUAUGUCAGGGUUCAAAUCUAUCCCUGCCCUCUGCUCAAAGCCUGCACAUCAAGUCCGAACCUGUUUCUCCUCCUAGAGAUCGCACCAGCAGCACACCGGGGGGCUACGGUGGUGGGGUACCACCUCCCCAGAACCCCUCGUCCCGCCAGGACUCGGGACGCUCCCCUGUUGAUAGCCUGAGCAGUUGUAGCAGCUCCCAUGAAGGCAGUGACCGCGAUGAGCACAGGAAUGAGUUCCACUCACCUCUAGGACUGGCCCGGCCCACCCUGGACGAGCGUGAGAGCCCCUCCAUCAAACGGGUGCGCCUGUCAGAAGGAUGGGCUACAUGAUAGCUCUGUCCUCUCCCCGGCAGUGCCCCAAGUUGCCCUGAGCCCCCACCAACGCAGCGUUACGAUGCCCCACAUGUCAGCUCCCUCUUCCUCCUCACACUCGAUAUCACGAGUCACUCACCACCCAAUGCAUUGGCCUCUCUCCUUUUAUCUCCUUAACGCUGAAGGAAAGGGACAGCCCUUUUCAAAAUUUGUUAUUUCUUUUCCUUUAUUUUUCUUUUUUUUUUUGCUGAGUGUGUGUGUGCUAUACAUAUUGACAUUAUAUAAACCAGUGGGGUCUUGUAAUGGGGUUUGGGAGGGUGGAUGUUGGUUGGGAUGGGAUCAGGGGUUUACUUUGUUGGGGAACUAUGCAUAAAUUGUAUUGUGUGUGGAUAAAAAGAAUCACGUAUGCAUAUAUCUUUACACGUGUGUAUGUGUACAUAUAUGCAUAUCAACAAAUAAACAAAAAAAUAGUCAGGUACUCUGUUUCAUAAAACGUACUUACAAUUUGCCUCAGCGAUAUAUCAGUGACUAGAGAUGAAAAAAACAACAAAAACAACAAAAAAAAAAAAAAAAACAUUAACAUGAGAGUGAGUGUGUCCAGUGGAAAACACCUUAGCACUUGAGUUGGACAAACAAUACGUGUGUACAGUGUCAGUUUCAUUGCUAUAUACCUUCUCUGCAGUUCUCCCUUGCAAAAAUGUGUGUUAACAUUAGAUGAUGUCAUGUUGCAGGUUCAACGUAUUUAUGUAAAUAGAGGGUCAAGGGGGGAAGGGCAGGGGUCAAAAAGUUGCCAGACAUUACAAGAUUUAUUUACUCACUAAAUGAAAAAGCUAUUAUGCAACAUUUGAAGGAUUGUACAGGUAACCAGGCAGACCCAAUCCUAGAAAUGUGGAACCUUUGAUGGUUUUAGCACUCCCCGAGAAUGGAGCAGAGCGAGGACCACCCUUUGAUCUAAGAGCUACAUUAGUAUAAUCAAGAAAACUCUGGAUCUAGUAUUAACUAUUCAGUAUUAAUAAACAAAAAAGGAAAAAUAAAAAACAAUUGUACGAUACACUUGCUUAUAUUUUCAUAUGAAAGGAAUACAAUGCAAAGCAUUUUUGUGGCUUUUUGUAGUUUCUAUAAGCCAGAAUGUGUUUUUUGAUAGCUUUGCUAAUAAGAGAUGGAUAGUUCACCCAGAGGGGAAAUGACAGGGCUUUGAAGCCCUAAGCCAUGAAAAACAGACUGAGAUCCAAUGCUUUGCUGAACUGUUUUAUCUUUGUAGAGGUUUGUUUUUAAACGUGUAUUUCUAAUUAUAUAUAAUAAUGGUAAUAUUAAGAAUCUUUAAAAAAAAAUCUGUGAAAUUAACAUGCUUGUGUAUAGCUUUCUAAUAUAUAAAUAUAUAUAAUAAUGACUUUUUUGUUGGUUUCUUAGUGGAGUUUCAAUGUGCAGUUGCACAUGUUGUCUGGUUUGUUUAAUUUGAGCCCUGAACAGUGUUGUUCAGGGGUGUAUUUAGUCUAACCUUAAAAACCAGCUGGAAAGCAAUGCCAGGGUUUGUGUGACAGAUGAAAAAUAGGCCUGAAUGCUGAAAAAAACUACCUGUUAGUGGAAAAUGUCAGAAGGCUGGAACUGAGGAUGACACAGGAAUAAAAGUUGACACAUGAUGUAUGCAAUUUUCAUACUGAUGUGGAAAUAUAGCUGAACCCACAAUCCAUGUCAAGAUACAUUUUUUAUGUAUGCCAUAAUUCAUUCUUAACCUUCAUUAUCUUAUUCAGUACGGUUAAUCUUACAAAACAUACUUGUUUGACAUUAUCCUUUUUUUUCUUCCAAUUCAAAUCUGCACAAUUUUGCAUUCAAGAUGGCGCAUGAGUCCCUGUCCAGUCUGUACAAUAUCCCUUGAAUCAUUUAUGUAAUAUAAUUUUGCAAGUGUAUUGUCAUGAAUAACACCUGAUCAUUUGCAGACCUAAUUUGAUUCUGUGACUCCUCAUGUUCCACUUUUAAAAACAACGUUCCACAUCAGUCAGUGUGUGUCACCGACAGCUAAGCAUCAGACACACAAGGAAAAAUUGAUCAUGCUGGUAUGGGAGAAGCACAAUUGUUUAUUUUAGAUAAAUAGCUGUUUUGAUUUUCUCUUUUUUAAACAAUGAAACUAGCCACAUAUCUCUCUGCCUCCAACUCCCGUAUCUGCUGUCACUUAAGUGUUAUGAUAUUUCUAUGUGCAUAUUUCAUGCAGGUUCACUAUGUUGUUACUGUAUACAGUCUGUGUAGUCAAACAGGGGCAGAGCCUCUAUAACGGUGUUCUUCUCUUUUUUUUAAAUUCAAUACAAAAAGGCUGAGAAAAAAAAAUAAACAUGAUGUUUCAGGCAGCAUAAGUGUGGAGAAACCAAAGCCAGUGGCAUUUCUGUGUUGUAAACUCAACUUUUAUUUUCACAUUCAUUUAUGGUUUUUUGCAAGCAUUGAAACAAGACAAUAAAAGAAUUUGCUCAAAUGUACUUUUGGUUUCACAUUUCAAUUUCAGUCAGUCA